UCUCGAGAAAUCAUCUCAGCUCAGUUUGUUGUGACAAAUCGUAAGCAAAGGUUCAAUAAUUUUUACGUGAAAAGUCUUUCCUUAUCGAUUAUGGAGGUUUUAUACUCAAGUCGUCGUGUCUUACUCGAAGAUAAUGACGGGACCUUUCGCCUAACUGACGCUGGCAUCUUAGUUUCGCAAGAAACCGGCAAAAUUUUACGUGUACUCGAGACGCAAGAAGAAAUUAAUUCGCUUUUGAUGUCGAGUCGCGGCUUAAAUGUCGUCGAUUAUGGAAAUUUGAUGAUUUUACCGGGACUUAUUGACAGUCACGUGCACAUUAAUGAACCGGGACGCACAGAUUGGGAAGGAUUCGAGACAGCGACGAAAGCUGCGCUUGCCGGCGGAUUCACAACAAUCGUUGAUAUGCCUUUAAAUUCCAUUCCCCCAACCACAACGUUGGGAAAUUUAAAAACCAAAAUUGAAGUGGCCAGACAGAAAAUUUACACAAAUUGCGGGUUUUGGGGUGGCGUGAUACCCGGUAACGAUAAAAAUUUGCAGGAAAUGAUUCGACAUGGCGUCGUGGGAUUCAAAUGUUUCAUGUGCCCGAGUGGCGUCGAUGAAUUUCCGCAUGUGACAUUGCCGGAUUUGGAAUUGGCAAUGGAGAAACUUAAGGGAUAUGAAACUGUUCUUGCAUUCCAUGCUGAAGUUGAUAACUCGUGUUGCGGCGGAAGCAAUUCUGCGGAUCCUGAUCCUAAGAAAUAUGAAACUUAUUUGAAAUCGAGACCGGAUCAGAUGGAAAUUGAGGCGAUUCAGACAGUUUGUGAUUUGUCGAAGAAACAUGAUGUCAACUGUCACAUCGUGCAUUUGUCGACGGCUCUCGCUCUUCCCACAAUUCGUCAAGCAAAGUUGGAUGGCAUCAAACUCACCGUCGAAACAUGUCAUCACUACUUGGCACUCAACUCCGAAACCGUACCUGACGCCUCCACAGAAUUCAAAUGCGCGCCUCCGAUCCGCACGAAGGACAACCAAACACAAUUAUGGCAAGCACUGCGCGACAAAACACUCGACAUGGUCGUUUCCGAUCACUCGCCCAGCACGCCAGGCAUGAAACUCCUCAUUUACGGCAACAAAAAUCGCGGAAAUUUCCUCGACGCAUGGGGCGGCAUCAGUUCCGUGCAAUUUGGCCUCUCACUUUUUUGGACCAAUUGUCAAAUGUAUAAUUUUGAUAUAACGGAUGCGGUGCGAUUGUUGUGCAAGGCGCCCGCAAAGCUCUGUGGCUUUGAUAAGACUAAAUCACGGAUUGCGGUUGGCUUCGAUGCGGAUUUUUGUAUUUUUGAUGAGAAUCAAACGUUUCAAGUGUCGCAAGAGAUUAUUCAGUUCAAAAAUAAGGCGACCCCGUAUAUGGGAAUGCAAUUGCGCGGUGUUGUGCAUGCGACGAUUUUGGGCGGGAUUGUCGCUUUUGACAAGGGAAUUGUACAAGGAGGCCCGAAAGGCAAAAUUUUACUGAGAAAUGGGCGAGAAGAGAGAAUGAAGAAACGUGCGAUUCCCGUUUAAAUAUUAUUUUUUUAUUUUUCAUUAAACAAAGACGAAAAAACGCAAG